UGCUGGGUGGCAGCCGAAGGACCCCUGUAUCCUGGGGAAGGAUAGCGACGCAGAAACCGGUGGGGUGGCAUUCUUCUCUCCGCUUCAAAAUAUUGAUCAAUAUAAUUAGAGACAGUCAGUUUCUUAAAGACUAGGACGUUUAACUGUCUGGGUGAGAUAUUUCAGGAGAUGAACUGAACUUCGGAGGUGUAUCUAUAGACCCCCGAGCGCCAAGCCCGCCGCCUCGCCUUUUUGUCUGCCUGUUUUUACUUUACCUGACAGAUAAAGUGGGCUGACGCCGAGCUAGUAUCGAGUUAGCGGUGAGCCAACGACGAGCUAGCAUCGAGCUACCGGUGAGCUAACGUCGAGCUAGCAUCCGGCUAGCAUCUGGCUAACAGGCUACACAUCCUGUCGGUUAAGCCGUCCACCAUGAGCGCCCUGGAGUCCGUGGAUCGGGUGGAGCUCUGCGAGAGCCUUUUAACAUGGAUACAGACAUUUGGAGUGGAAGCGCCCUGCAAGACUGUGGAAGACCUUACAAACGGGGUGGUGAUGGCUCAGGUGCUGCAGAAGAUAGACAGUGUGUAUUUUAACGACGCCUGGCUCAGUCGCAUCAAAACGGAUGUGGGCGAUAACUGGAGGCUAAAGAUCAGCAAUUUAAAGAAAAUUUUAAAGGGGAUUUUGGAUUAUAAUCAUGAGGUCCUGGGCCAGCAGAUCAAUGACUUCACUCUACCAGAUGUUAACCUGGUUGGGGAACAUUCUGAUGCAGCCGAGCUGGGCCGAAUGCUGCAGCUCAUUCUUGGAUGUGCGGUGAACUGUGAACAGAAACAAGAAUACAUUCAGACUAUAAUGAUGAUGGAGGAGUCCGUGCAACACGUGGUCAUGACAGCUAUUCAGGAGCUGAUGAGCAAAGAGACGCCAGUAGCGAUGGGGAAUGACUCGUACGUCGACCUUGACCGGCAACUGAAGAAGACGGUGGAGAUGCUCAGCGACGCCCUAGCAGCCAAGGAAGAGAUCGCCCAGCGGUGCCACGAGCUGGACAUGCAGGUGGCAGCACUGCAGGAAGAGAAAGGCAGUCUGCUGGCAGAGAAUCAGGUCCUCCUGGAGAGGCUAAAUCAGUCAGACUCCAUCGAGGACCUCAACAGUCCUGCUGGGAGGAGGCACCUGCAGCUGCAGACGCAGCUGGAGCAGCUCCAGGAAGAGACCUUCAGGUUGGAAGCAGCAAAGGAUGACUACAGGAUACGCUGUGAGGAGCUGGAGAAGGAGAUGCUGGAGCUCCGGGGACAGAACGAAGAUCUUACGUCUUUGGCAGAUGAAGCUCAGUCCUUGAAGGAUGAAAUAGACAUUCUUCGGCAUUCUUCAGACAAAGUCUCCAAGCUGGAAGGCAUAGUUGACUCCUACAAAAAGAAGUUGGAAGACUUGGGGGAUUUGAGAAGACAGGUGAAGCUCCUGGAGGAGAAGAACACCAUGUACAUGCAGAACACAGUCAGCUUGGAGGAGGAGCUCCGGAAGGCCAACUCUGUUCGGGGACAGCUGGAGACCUACAAGAGACAGAUGGUGGAGCUGCAGAACAGACUGUCAGAGGAGUCCAAGAAAGCUGACAAGAUGGAGUUUGAGUACAAGCGCCUGAAGGAGAAAGUGGACUCCCUUCUGAAGGAGAAAGACCGUCUUCGGACAGAGCGGGACUCUCUGAAGGACACCAUCGAGGAGCUUCGCUGCAUUCAGGCACAGGAGGGGCAGCUAACCGCAGGCCUGGUCCCCUUGGUCAGCAGUGAGACAUCGGACUCUCUGGCAGCAGAAAUCGUCACACCUGAAAUUCGCGAGCGGCUCAUCAGACUGCAACACGAGAACAAGAUGCUGAAGCUUAAUCAAGAGGGCUCCGACAACGAGAAGAUCGCCCUGCUGCAGAGCCUGCUGGAGGACGCCAACAGCAGGAAGAACGAACUGGAGACCGAGAACAGGCUUGUCAACCAGAGGCUUUUGGAGGGGCAGUCCCAGGUGGAGGACCUCCAGAAGACUCUCCAGGAACAGGGCUCUGCAGCGAGUGAUUCCAUGAUCCUGAAGAAGAAAUGUGAAGACCACCUGGAGAAGUUACAGGAGGUUAGCGCCGAGCUUCAGAAGAAAUCUUCUUACAUCGAGGACAUUGAGUCGAAGUACAACACAAGCUCCCAGAAAGUGGAGGAGCUGGAGGAAGCCUUGAAGAAGAAGGAUGAGGACAUGAAACAGAUGGAAGAGAGAUACAAGAAGUACCUGGAGAAGGCCAAGAGCGUUAUUCGAACAUUAGAUCCCAAACAGAACCAGGGGUCUGCGCCAGAGGUCCAGGCACUGAAGAACCAGUUACAGGAGAAAGAACGGAUGCUACAUUCCCUAGAGAAAGAAUAUGACAAGACUAAAACGCAACGGGACCAGGAGGAGAAGCUGAUUGUGUCUGCCUGGUACAACAUGGGGAUGGCUCUACAGAAGAAGGCAGCGGAGGACCGACUAGCCAGCACCGGUUCUGGGCAGUCUUUUCUGGCACGCCAGCGACAGGCCACGAGCAGCCGGCGCUCGUACCCGGGACACGUGCAGCCCGCCGCAGCCAGGUAGAGCCCAGGCGCCCCGUGGGAGGCUGGGGGGCGCCGUCCCAGCGGCCCGGAAAGUGCGCUCUAGCGACGAAGGACCCGGGUCUUGCUGCUUAGCCUCCGUUCACUGAAUACUGUGGGAAAUGUGCGCGUGCUCUCCGGGUUUACAUGCCCGCGACAGGUGGUUAAGAUCAGGCGCCAGUCAUUUAAUAUUUUAUCUCGUUACUUGGUUUAUACAAAUGUACAGUUGACGCAUUUCUAGUUUUUGAAGUUAGAGGUCUAACACAGCAGCAGCCAACUAAUUCUUUAUGUUUUGUUACCCUAUUAACCUGCACAUUUAAUUAGAUGGUUGGCACUGAUGAGUUUUCAUUGUUUUAGUUACACAUACGUGGUGCAAUGCAUAGUCGAGCGGAGACACAGCGGAGAUUGCUUUGGACACUCAGAGUGAUCGGAAUGCCUCCAUUCGGUAUUCGCUUCCUUGCCAUUCUGAAUUAUCCAUGAACGUUAUCCAGGUUAAUUUUCCUGAUAGAGUAUUAUUUGCUUUUUUAAGGUAUUAUGUACUCACCUUUUGAAAACUGUGCUUAGUUACUCACAGUCGUGGUUUUUGUUAAGUCUGCCAUAUUUUACAGUGUAUUCAGCAGAGCUUUCCUUUAAAGUGCUGGUUUUGUUGAGCGCUUCCAUUAAGCAGUAUUUAUAUGUACGUCGCGUUUCAUUGCCUCGAGGUCAAACCUGAAGUAGCCCUAAGUUUAAAGGAGCAGUACGCUAUGAAAUAGGUCACCGUGUCUUUGUUUUUCUCCUUUGAUCCUGCUUUAGGAGGCAGUUUGAAUAACGAGUGAUGUUUGCUUAGGGUGUCUAAGGGGUUUAUCUUGCCCUAGUUCUGAUUUCUGAAUUUCCCACAUCUAUGCAGUGGUAUCAGUGUUAUAGAGCAGCCUUAUGUCAGUGUGCUGAGCAGCGCUGAAUUCGCACAAGCAUCCUUCCAGCCUACCUGCUCUCAUGCUCAGUCUUACUGCCAUAAUGGGGCUGUCCGCUAGCUGGGAGUAUAUCCAGUCACGGAGUGUGACAGCAUAGGACCUGGGGAUUAAAUCCGAGGAUUCAGCCUGGUCCUGAGCAGUCAUGGUCAUUUUUGAGGGUGUUGGAUCACUAUCCCGAUGGAUCCCAAUCAUGGCAGCGGCACAGACAGGAUGAUGGGGUGUACCUGUACCUGUGCAAUACAUAGGUCAGGUAGUUAGUACUACAGGGUCAUUUAGAGGUGUUUAAGGGUGCCUUGAUGUGCCUUUAAACAGACCCCUAAAGGUCCACCUAAGGGACAUGCUAAUGCUACAUGCUAAUGUUAUUAAAUAUGCUAGCAAAAUCUCCAGCUGCUCAAGGUGCCUUAUGCUCGCUGGCUGGGUUUGCAUGCUCUGGGUCCUGCUCACCAUUAAAACUAUGGUGCGUUUGACAGUGCAAUAGUUAAUCCGUGACGAACCUCAGAUACAUGUAUGGUCUGUGUUUUUGUUUGCCUCAGUGUAGGUGUGGUUAUGCUUGAGAAACGCGUUUCUACCGCAGAGGAAACGUGGGGCACGGCUGCAGUCACUCAGACCUUCUCACAAAGGACCCAAACAGCAUGCCUUCUCAUGCUGUCCGCCCAGUUACUCCCACGUUGAUAUAUGAGCAAGCUUCCAACUCGGUGGCUCACUCAGGAACAUCUCAGCUUUUUGGAAAUCCUGCUUUCUGAAGUGUCCCCUGGUCGUGUCUGUGUAUAGUCGACAGUUGUGUUUAUUUCUGAGGCUUAACUAGUCUCAGGUAAGCCUUGAUGAAUUCUGAGGACCGAAACUCACUCGGAAAAUUACCUUUUACUCCUCAAUCGUAGACCCUCAGGAAUGGCCCCCCUGAGGCACCACCCGUCUGGGGCUUUUUAAGUUUUUAAGUGUCCCUUUGCGAAUGAGCAGUGUGAUUUUAUUCAGGACUGUUCCACCUGUGCUGCUGUGGGGCUGUCAGUGUGAACAACCAGUUUCGGGCUGAAUCUGUGUGAUGCAGCUGGAAGCCAGCCUGUUCCCUGUCAGUGGGGUUUCCUGCCUAAAUUCAGGUUUCACCCACUGUCAGUCAGUUGGGUGGCCUGCUGUUUGUGUGGGUGCAUGAACUCUUCAUUUGUGUGAAAAGUGGUCUUCCAGUAACGUACACUGACAGCCAGACAGAACCAAAGCCCCAAUUGCCCUUUUCCGGUGCUCUAAAUUCAUUUAUUCAUUUAUUGGCCUAUCAAAACAAGCCACAGGUGUGGCCAAUCCGAGUGCAGUUACGGACUAGAGUUGGCCAUAUUUCACAGCUCGUCUGCUUCUUUGAGAAGGAGCUGAGUUUGAUGAAAUCAUGAUUUCCUCGUUUCAGAAAGCACCGUGUAAAACACAGCAGAGUGACUCGUAGUGUUUGUGCCAUUAAUGCUGGUGUCCAUCCUGUCCCUUUCUUAUCAAUGUCAUUUGCAGCUGUAACUAUUCACACCCUCCUGGUCAUAGUGGGCAGAUUUCUGUUUUGCUCAAUGAAGAAUGAAUGCUGGUCUAACACUGUUCCUCACCUGGGUGGGAUGAAUGUGACCAUGUUUGAUUGACCACUGCCUGUCUUCUCUCUUCUCUGCAGUGACGUGAUUGCAUGAUCCUGGCAGGGUUCGGGGCUGCUUGCAUGGCUGCUUGCAUGACUUUGUUUGGGCUGAUCCUGAAAAUAACCAAUCAGACUAAUAGCUCACCCUCACGGCAGUGUCCUCAGUGGACAGAGGCCUGCAAGGCCGCCAGCUCCACUCGGGGACGUUCUUGUCGUGCUGCUGAACCUCCGCAUUCCAGUCAGGCCACACUGAUUCUGUGCAGCCCGUCAACACUGAUACUGUCCUCCAUCAGUUCCCCAGACUUCACUUGAUGAAGUCAGGCUUUAUCGCAGCUUUGACUGCUUGUGUUUCGCUCCCGAAUUAACGAUGUACCGGUGGAAGUGUUCCAGCUGACACAGGCUUUCCAGUGGAGGUUUAACGACCCUCUUAGUGAGACACCAGCCUUGUGACGGUCAUCAGAUGGACUAAUUGACCCUAACAAGCCUUAGAAUUACGCUUCCAGCUAUGCUCGGAACAUUUUUGUGUGUGUUCUUCUUUUAACGUUAUUUAUUUUUGUGAAAGACAAAUCCAAAAUGGUAGUGAUCUGUAGGAUGUAUGCCUACUUCUUGCUGCUACCGUGUAAAACCCCAAGACUAACCAAAAUUGGAUAGACUUCUUCCUACCUGUACUCUCCACUUGUAUUUAUUUGUUAUGCAUCUCCUGUUGUCCAAGUGUAUGGUAUGACAUUCACUCGCUUGGGCAGAGUAAGCGUCACAAGCUGUGUCUCCCUUUCAGUUCUGUGCCGUCGUUCUUCAGAACCCUGUCCUUUGUACCUCAGUAGCAGUAUUUGUAUCACAGACACCUUCAGUGGUUUCGUUUCAUCUGCACCUUCGAUGGGACGUUUUGGCAACAUCCUCGUCGAAAGGCAGCCUGCUCUACGACAUGACCCAGUGCUGCCAGGGCUUGAGUUACCCGCCUUCCAGGAGAUUCACUGUAAACUCUUACCGAUCGGCCAAAGGAGGGGUGGUGCUGCGGCCUGACCGGGAACAUCCAGAUCCUCCGCGUCGUUUCUGAAGUGCGUUUACCUCAGAUGUGCUACAACACAUCUCUGCGCUCACGGCAUCCCCUGCUGCAGCCUGAUGCCUUCUACUCCUAUCUGCUUCACAUGUGUGUUUUGUAUGGUGAGCAGUUGACAAGCAUCUGAGUCCAGUUGGGGUGAAAUGGUGUCGACGCACGGCCACGAACAGAGCAGAGUAUGACAUGUUUACUAACAAACUGUCCCUUUGGGCAUGUGAAUAUCAUGGGUCACCGUACCGGAAUCGAGUUUGUGGUCCUUUACCCGUCCAUGAUCGGAGUACGUCAACACAACAUAGAAUGUGUAGCCUCAAUAUUUGAGAUGCAGACAAUUAAAUAUCGAUGGUUUUUAUUUUUAAGUAGACAUUUAUAAGUAGCAAAUACCUUCCAUUUGCCAAGUUUUAUAUUGCUUGUAUACAAGGUGUACAUACUGUAAGUGAGAGGUGCUGGGAGAGGAGCAGGUCACAGGAGAGACGAGACGUGCUUCCUGCCAUACGAGAAUGUACAGCUGUUCAUCCACUUGUAAAUAAAGCUUGUACAAAACUUU